AAAUCAGUUGGAUUCCACAAACUGUCAAGACAAGUUGAAAGAGCAAAACCAGACAUCUAUAACACCAAAUAAGUUAAAAAAAAAAAAAAAAAAAAAUUCAGCGGGCUUUUACUAAUUUUUAAUUUCAACGUACAGGAAGACCAGACAGAAGCAAAAGAGAAGAUCUACUUAGAUAUACACUUAGAAGCUAAGUGUAUGGUUUUGGAAAGUCAAAGGUCUAGAGCUUAGAAAUGGACCAGCCUGUGAACAUGUAUGUAUGGAAGAAAAGAUUGUAGAGGAGAAGGGAAACAGCAGUGCAGUAUGGGAGUGAGAGGAAGGUCCAUUUUGGCUGUUAUCAUCAUCAUAAUCUCUUUUUUCUCUGCAUGGCUCUAUGGUGGUUUAGAUCGUCACUUGGCCUACUGCAGAAAGAAUUUCAUUACAAAAGAUCAGUCUAUCACUAAGAACAGGAGUAACAUCUUGUCAGAAGACAACCUGCCUCCGCUGGAAGUUUGUCCGGGACAGAAAUUCCAGAUUUCUUACUUGCUGAUGCAUCUGCAGGCUGCACCUGUGUCAACCAAUGAUGUUUUGCUAAAGCCAUACCUAGCCAGCUGGAAUGAGCUCAUCAAGUUCAUGGAGACCUUGGGACCAAUGGUUGGUAUAAUCUCCCAGGAAAUUGAGACCAAGACAGCCAUUAUCCGCGAGCUUGCCAAAAAAGAGGAGGAGGAAAAUAAUCAGCAAGAAGGGAAAGACUCCGCCUCACAUGGCGCAUAUGUUUCAGUGCGCUCCAUGAUGGUAUCAGAGCUGGAGCGGGGUUUUGUAAACUUUGAUCAGUUUACGGAAUCAGGUUGCAGGACUCUACUGCGCCUUCAUCGAGCUCUUCUCUGGUUGCAGCUCUUUUUGCACAGCCUGGCUGAUGAAAAGAGGGAAACAAUGAUGCGUAGUCCAUCUGAACUCUGUCGAGAGGCUUAUCGACUCACACUGGCUCAGCACCACUCAUGGUGGGUGAAAAAGGCGGCGGAGCUGGCUUUCGUGGCCAUGCCUGAAAGACAAUUCUUCUACAAACUGAUGUGCGUGAGAACACAGGCAGAGGCAGCAGGUUUGUUAAACAGAGUGGUCAAAGCCAUUCAGAUAGUGUAUGACAGGACUCAAGUGGCACUGAUGGAACAUGAUAUGCUAGAACUACCAUAAAUACAUAUAGUGUGGACAUAUACUGGUAAUAUAAUAAGGUGUGCAAACAUUAACUGCAUGCAAUGUUGGUAAAUAACAUACAUUAUCAUAGCAUUUAGUGAUGCCAUAAUGAUAUACAGUAAUGUCACAGCAUGCUAGCAACAUGCUAUAAGGACACACAGCAUGCUAGCAGUACCAUAAGGAUCCACAGCAAGCUAUAAUUACCGUAAGGACACACGGCAGGUUAGAAAUACCAUGAGGACAAAAUGAAUGGUACAGUAGUAACACCAUAAAGACACAGAGCAUGCUAGCAAUGCCAUAAAGAGUCAUAAGCAUAGUAUCCUUACGGUUUUGCUAGCAUCCUGUUUGUUUGUAUGUUACAGUUAGCAAGCUGUGAUGCUAGUGAUAACGUAUGGAUGUACAGUUUGCUAGCAAUCCCAUAAUCAUGCCCAGCAUGCUAGUUCUAGUUUGACACAGUGCAGCUAACAUUUCCAAAUGUACGCAUGAAAACGUUCAAAUGGAAAAUGCUGUCAUGUGCACUUUGUCACAAAUCUAAAAUGGCCCACAUCAAGUAAUUGUUAAGUAAAUAUUUGGCAGACAAUUUUUGGAAAGUCGUGAUAUUUAGCAUGUAUGACCUUUCAUUAGGCCACUAUUUUAUCAUAUCAGGGUUUACAACAUACUGAGAGUUUGGAGUUUGAACCUUUUUAUAGACGGUGCACACAGAAAGACAUAGAUAAACACAAUAAUCAAUUAAUACUACUGUCAACAACUUGGAGAGAGUCUCAAACAGGUACCACUAAGUAAACAACUUCAACUGCUGGACCUACCUGUGACCAACAAACUCAGUUCCAGUUUUCUUUUGCACUGAACAUUUAUUGUACGGGUAAGCAUUGCGAUGGGAUUUUGUGGGACCAAACAAACAUCAUGUGGGUGGGAAACACAUAUUUGUGACCUUUAAAUACACUAUAAGGACAAAGGUUUGUGAUAACCUGACAUCACAUCCCAAGAAUGAUACAGUAACAGGAACUAAAAGGCCCAAACAUGUUCCAGAUUGACAACGCCCCUGUGCACAAAGCGAGCUCCAUGAAGACAUGGUUUAGAAAGUUUGGAGUAGACUUGAGCGUUCUGACCUCAACCCAACUGAAGACCCGUGGGAUGAACUGGAGCACAGACUGCACCCAAGGCCUCCACACCGGACAUCAGUGCCUAAUGCUCUUGUAGAUGAAAAAUCGACAAUACAAAUCCCUUCAGCUAAAUCUAGUGGAAAGUCUUCCACAAAAAGAGGAGGAUAUUAUAACAGUCAAGGGGGACUAAUCUUGAAUGAGAUUGUUCAACAAGCACAUAUAGGUGUGAUGGUCAGGAGUCCAGAUACUAUUGUGUUUUUCUGACCUCAAGGUACAUUUUUGAACUUGAGUUCAAGAAUAAUUGCAUGAUUUUUUUUACUCUUUGAGAAUAAACCCUGUUCCAUCUACAGUAUGCCCCUCAAAAACUCUACCCCCAGAAGCUGGUUAUCUUUUAUAUCGUAAAACUGGCCAUUCUAACAAUUCAGAAAUAUGUAGCUGUUGUGUGUUUACAUACCUGUCCAGAAGCAACAUCUCCAAUUAUCCAUUCUGGUAAUGAAGUUCACUGGUAAUAAAGUGCUCCAUUUUGGAACGUGUUA